UGUCUUAUUAUUUAAAAUCCUCAAGAAUGGCACAUCCUGCAAGAGAACAAUUAGCACUAUCGGGCUUCAGCUUCCCCUUGCUGACACUCUGCCACCUCUCGAAUUCCUCUCCCCAAGCACCACCUCUGUACAUUCUCUCCUUCAAAGAAUAACAAUCUUGCCAAAUUGAGAGCCAUUAGGAGCUGCACCAAGCAGAUGUCUCUGAAAAAAUAGAAGGGAAAAUGCAGCUGCGGCACCCAACCUGUUUCUUCAAAACAACCAAAGACAUUUUACAUGCAUUGUUUAUUUGCAGAAGUCUCUCUCAUGUCACUUUGUGUCUAUUAUCCGCCUGUCACAGUAAAAUUAAUAAGACAUACCAGAUGUGCUGUUCUGAUUUAACAUAAUGAAUAAUGACAUGAGCAGGUAUGAUUAAUUAGACUUGCAUAGUUAAUGGGGGGCGCGAGAUGUAUACAGUAAAAUCACAUCCUAGCAUAAAGUGCCCUAUAAGCCACACCUCAGUAUUCCUAAUCCAAGACUUGCUUGAUUGUGUGUGUAUGCCCUGUAACAGACCGGCGUCCUGUCCAAGGUGUAUCCCCUGCCGUGUGCACAGUGUCCGCCGUGAUCACCUCCAGCCACUCACGCAAACGCCCCCACGGCCCUUAAACUACACCGCCUGUAUUAGCUUCCUAUUUAAAUUAUACUUUAAAAGACAUCUGAGAUUUGAGGUAUUUGAGAUGCUACUUCUUACGCCCCGUAUAUUAAAGUAUACAAAACUAUGGUAAUGAAUGAUAUUUUUUCUAGAACAUAUUGCGAUCAAAAGGAUCGUACGUCGAUACAGCUCGGUGACAUACAUAGAUUUAUUUGAUGUUAAUGUUUCAUGCAGCCAAUUAAUGUGACGGGUAAAGCUGUGCCAUAACAAAAUUGGGGAAAAAAUGAAGCUUCAAAUUUUUCAAGAUUCUACAUAUAUUGAUUGAUAUAUUGAUAUAUAUUCCCCCCCUUACGUGCGAGUGAAAUGAAACAAGUUUGUAUCACUGGGGCAGCUGUUCAAAGGAAAGUUACGGAACAUCUGGUAACCGAGAGUAACAUUGUGUCCUGAGUGUUGCUUCCACCCAUCCAGUUUCAUGUUACGCCUCGCUUCACUCAUGGUAGAUCAGACUCUCCUCUUGAUGGUUUACUUCGGGCGCCGAGAAUUUUCUCUGUCUUCUUUGACAUGAAGUUCUUUUCGGUAUUUGGGGGAAUUAUCCUUCUACUCGUCCUUGGAAUUGAUUUCAACAAUGGGGCUAACGCAACAGAAGGUACAGAAGGCAAAAAUUCUAUAUGCAAAGAACUCUGUGAGGUCUGUGAUGAAUAUUUUCCUACAAGGCUGAUAUGCUAUGAAAACCUGCUUCAGCAUAUUUGCUUAGAUGAAUUUUCCUCCAAAGUUGAAGCUCUGAACACCAGUGACUUGUGUGUAUGGGAUAAAAUAAAAUGGCCCUAUGAUAGCUUCACAAAAUGCACAGAGGAGAAGGCAGACUGCUUAAAGAUUCCCUGGCCUAACCAGCUGGUGGAGGACAUGUUUGUGGAUAUCCAUGCAACCCAUUUCAAAUCCUGCCCAGUCAAAGAGUUUGAUGACCCGCCUCCCGACGUCCUCCUGGCCCUAGUGAUGACCCCUAUCUGCCUGAUCCCUGCGAUGGUGAUGCUGGUGGUUGUGAAGACAAAGAACAGAAAUCAGAACACAAUGGAUUUUUGGAAAACUUCAAAGUGAACACAGGAAGGAGGAGGGGUCUUUUCUUGUAAUCAUCACUACAUAGGAAAGAUGUUUUAAAAAGGCAAGUGAAAGAAGAGAAAUAAAAACAGUGUAACUAAUUUGCAACUGAUUGCAUUUCCAAUACAACCUGGAACAAAUCGACAGCAGAGGGUAACAGGGCAAAUUCAUGUCCGCUCUUGGUCCAUGCAGUAAAGUGUUUCCUGGGCUUCAAAGAUCAUCUCUCUGCUGAUGAACAAGAUGGAUUCAUUCGUUGUUGGAAUUCCUCUUCAGUGACCAUAGACGGGGUUUGUAGUAAUAGCGAAUAUGAACAGAAUUCACUUUGGGAGUUGAGUCAUGGUGCUGAAUUGCUUUGAUAGGUAACAUCAGCCCAAUAUUCAUCUCAUAGGCGGCUCGUCUUGCCAAAGCUACGGAAGUUUAAACAUGAAGAAGUCUCUUUAUUUCUACGAAAGUUUACACUGCAUGACUAUGUAGCCUCCCAGGACCAUACUGGUCUCUGGCUGAUGUUACACUGGGUGUUAUGUUUUUAUAGUUUUAUAUUUUGUUUUGUGAAUAUCCAUGUUGUGUUAACAGGUUCACAUUAGUAUUUGCAGUCUUAAGUUACCACAGAGGCAUAUAGAGAGAAAUGCCUGUUCCCAAAUGCAUCUUUUUUAUUCUCUGCGUGCAGAAUUAUUAAGUGUUUAGUUUGUCAUGAAGGAUUAACUAUGAUCCUUUCAACAAGUACAUCUUGCAACAAAAAGGUUAUUUUCACAAUACAAACUGCUGACCCAGAGCUUAUAGAGAACUGUGAGGAGCAUUUAACUUCAGCCAAUGUUUUAGAGACAUUUAUAUUAUAUUUGGUUAAAAAUUCAGAAAUAUGCUGCAACUUAUAUCAGAAAUUCAGUUGUAAUAACUACAAAAUAUUUUUAUAUUAUUACUGACAACUAUGCAUUGUGUACUCUAUUCUUAAGAGAAAACUAAUCAUUUUGGAUUUUUCUUUAUAGAUCUUACUUUAUUAUUAUAAAUUCUCUUCAAGCUGUGUGGUAGUCAUUAUAUGUUUUCUGUAAAAGCUUUUGUCUUGUUCUGUGUUAUAACUUCUGUUGAAAGAAUGGGGAGAAUGAAGCUGGCAACUUCUGUGAGACUAUCCAAACACAGGUCUGAUUUUCAAGUAACUGUGAUCUUUUUGGCCAGUGGAGAAAUGCCUGUGUACUGAAUAAUACUUUAGAACGAAGCUUUGUGUGAGUGUAGGGGCUGUAUCAACAUGUUUCGGCACAUCAGUUUUUGUAUCAUCAGAUUUGUUUAUUUUCAUUAAAAUGUCUUUUCACACUGAGUGUAUGGAAGAAUAGGCUAAGUUGAGAACAUAGUACUUUCUGUUAGAUUUUAUUUCUUUUCCAUGUUGUGUAUAAGUGUCUUGUGUCCAGCUGCAACAGUCCAUGUCUCCAAGGUCACUGUAAUAAGCAUUUGUUUGUUUGUUUAUGACCCAAAAAUAAUUGAUGGACAGGUAAUGGAUGUAAUAUACAAUAAGAACAAAUUCAACAGCUGAACACAGCAUAUGUAUAGUUGACCAAUGUAUAAUAUUUUAGUGAUGUAGACAUAUCUGCAUACUACACUGUGACGUAAACAAGGCCAACAAUUUGAGGCGUUGUAAGGCUUUUGAACACAUGGUGUGUGGCUCUGCAGUUUCGGCCUUGGUGUCUGUGUGGAAGGUCACUGGUUCAAAUCCUGUGGUGAGCAGGGCAGGUACAUCACCCGAAAACACGUUUAAUGGAGGCCAGAUACAUCGCUGACUUUGGGCUCUGACCCAAAACUUCACUCUCACCCAUAUAUGUUUAUGUCUCAGUGGGGAGCAAAGUGUGAUAAGAGGGAAAAAAAAGAAUUCCUGUAUCUGUGCUUGUACAAACAGUGAAUAAAGUAUUGUUAAAAACUGG